AUGUCGAUCAACGCCAACGGGGGUGACGCUCUUGCGACGAACCCGGCGUGCCAGCUAACGCGCGAGGCAACAUGCUUUGACGAAAUUCUGAAGGUCCUGAGGCCAAAAAUCGAGGAGGGAAUCUCCAACCGGCUGCCCAGAUUUUUUACAGAGGAUAGUCUCAAACGUCUGUUCGGCAAUUCUCGUUACGCUUACGAUACUGAAAGUGCAACGAAAGUGUUACUAGAUCCCAUCUGGGAUAUGCUAGAUCGUGGUGGAAAGCGCUGGCGCCCGGCGUUGCUAAUGCUGGUCGCAGACGCCGUCAGGAGCGUCGAGAGCGACGCGAGGCUCGACUCGACGCUUCUAUCCUGCGCUUACUUGUGCGAGCUGGUUCACAACGGAAGUCUGAUCACGGACGACAUCGAGGACGACUCGCGACUUCGUAGGGGAAAGCCCUGUCUCCAUCUGACCUACGGCCAAGACGUAGCCAUCAACACAGGAAACGCCAUGUACUUCUUGCCUCUGCACGUGCUCAGGGAAAUGAAAGAAAACGGACACCCAGAUUCUGUGAUCAUCUCUGCCUACCAAAUGUACGGAGAAGAAUUGACCAAACUGCACCUGGGACAAAGUUUGGACAUUUGGUGGCAUUUGGGAAAAAAACUCCCUAGCGUCAACGAAUACCUUCAAAUGUGUGCAUACAAGACCGGCACCCUAGCACGUCUAUCAGCCAGGCUCGCCGCUCUAGUCUGCGGCGGCACGCCCGAGCAAAUCGACGCAUUCGGGUAUUUCGCCGAAUCAGUCGGCAUCGCCUUCCAAAUCCAGGACGACGUGCUAAACCUCGUCGGAGACGAGUUCGCGCAAAAAAAUCGCCAUUCGAGGCGAGGACAUCUACGAAGGCAAACGAUCCCUCAUGGUCAUUCACUGCCUGGAACACGCCUCGCCGGAAAAAUCUAAAAGACUAGAGGAAAUCUUGAACUCCUCGACCAGAGACCCAAACCUUAUCGAAGAAGCCAUCUCACUCAUGCGCGAAACCGACAGCUUCGCAUACGCAAAAGAAACAGCCAGAGACAUCCUCGCCAAGGCGUGGCGACAAAUAGAGCCAUUCUUGUCUAACCGGCCAGAAGCGAAAAAAAACCUAAAACUCUUCUCACGCUAUCUGGUUGAACGCACCACCUAAAGGCACAC